AUGUAGGAUAGACGGGUAAAAGUAACUUCUUUUUUUCUUCUUUCUUCUCACUGAUUCGGAAUAGGUUUUCUUUUUCCUCACACUGAGUUCCGAAUAGCUUAAAUUAUUGCCAGUUUGCCGCCUUCUGCCGGCUGCCGCUACGGUCUUGUCCGUCAAUUUCUGCAGCGAUAGCUUCUGCACAGGUCCAGGAUGUCUAAGCCUGAAAAUAAUGUUCGCCAGGAUGUUUGUGGCAGCACUAGUCGCCAAAAUACCGAAGCCUAUGUUCAGAUUCUGGGGACAGGAAUGGAUACCCAAGAAACAUCCCCGUCUGUUCUGCUCUUCUUUAACAAUGAAAGAUUCAUAUUUAAUGCUGGAGAGGGAUUACAACGCUUCUGCGCUGAGCAUAAGAUUAAAUUAUCUCAGGUAGACACAUAUGUCUCACUCGUGUCUGCUCAGAGACAGCAGGAGGACUUCCAGGUUUGCUAUUGACUUUGGCUGGCAUAAAAAAUGGAAGUCCUGAGAGUACUGAGCAUGUUGACAUAUGGGGUCCUCCAAAUCUUGAUUUAUUGGUUAACGCAAUGAAGAAUUUUGUCCCUCAUGCUACCAUGGUCAAAGCACAUAUCAUCCCACGAAGUGACAAUGUUAUGGUUCAUGGAAAUGGAGCUGCACUAGCUUCCUCACUACAUGCGGAGGAGCUGCAAGCUGAAGGCAAGUUCAAGGCAGUUAGUAUAUCAGCUAUUCUCCUAACACCGACUCAUUUGGAUGGAUCUCAUUUUAGUUCAAAUGAUACCUCCAUUGUAUAUAUUUGUAACCUACAUGACAUCAGAGGGGAGUUUGACCCCAGAAAGGCUAAAGCUUGCGGACUCAAAAAGGGGAGAAAGCUUGGACAACUGCAAAAUGGGAUCAGUGUGAAGUCAGAUCUGCUGGAUAUCGAGGUCCAUCCAGAUGAUGUAAUAGGCCCACCUAUUCCUGGUCCCAUUGUACUGAUUGUUGACUGUCCAACAGAACCUCAUGCACAAGAGUUACUGUCUGCACAAGCUCUUAAUGCCUAUUAUUCAGAUCCCCAAAGUAACUCCCAAGAGACCACCAAGGUUGUGAACUGCAUCAUUCAUUUGAGCCCUGCUACUGUUGUCAGCAGUCCAGUUUAUGAGAAAUGGAUGAGGAAAUUUGGUUCUGCCCAACAUAUUAUGGCAAGAACUACAAGGAAGCAUGAAACAACUCCAAUUCUAGAAUCUAGUGCGAGAAUAGCCACAAGACUGCAUUAUUUCUGUCCGCAGCUUUUUCCUGCUCCUAGUCUUUUUUCUGUUCAGAAUGAUGAUGUUGCAGCACCAAAUUUCAAGGUACUAGUGGAGGGUUCUAUCUCGAAGGUUUGUGGCAUAUCUGCUGAAAAUCUCUUAAAGUUCACCUUACGUCCUCCUAGACGUCUGGGAUUGGACAGAUCAAGUGUUCAAAAUAGGAUGACCUCCUCAGUGUUCAUUAAAGAGUUACUUUCAGAGAUUCCUGAGAUUGCUGAUGCUGCAAAGAACAUAAGCACAUUUUGGCACAAACCUAAAGAAGAUGAGGCGGAAGUCAUGACUGGAGAUCCAUCGUUGGCUGGACAUGCUGCCCCUAGGUGUCUGGAAAAUGUCCAGAGAGAUGAUCUGGAGAUUGUUUUUCUGGGCACCGGUUCUUCUAUACCUUCAAAAUAUCGAAAUGUCAGUUCCAUCUAUUUUAAUCUUUUCUCUAAAGGGGGCUUACUCCUUGAUUGUGGAGAAGGAACCCUGGCGCAACUCAAGAGGAGAUAUGGCAUCAAUGGUGCAGACAGUGCAGUUAGAAAUCUUAAAUGCAUUUGGAUUUCUCAUAUCCAUGCUGAUCACCACGCAGGUUUGGCACGAAUACUUGCUUUGAGACGCGAUUUGUUGAAGGGAGUACCCCAUGAACCCAUGCUGGUUAUUGGGCCAGAGCAGGUUGGGGAGUUUCUCAACGAUUAUAAAAAACUAGAAGACCUAGACAUGCUGUUCCUCGACUGUAGGAGCACUACAGUGGCUAAGUGGGAUGAUAUGGAAGCUGACUCUAUUUUUGACAAGGAUCAUCAAAUGAGUUCUGAGGGCAUGAAUGAUGAAAGUAGAGAUCAUGCUGUGUUGACUUCUCUUUCUGAAGACAGUUCUCUGCUGCGCUGUUCGAAAAGAAUGAAGCCAAGCACUCCAGUUGAUGACAUAAAAUUGCUGAAGCAUUUCAAGAAAGUUCUAAGUGAAGCAGGGCUAGUGAGAUUCAUCAGCUUCCCUGUUGUACACUGUCCUGAGGCAUUUGGUAUCAUCUUAGAAUCAGCAGAAAGAAUGAAUUGCGGAAAAGUAGUACCAGGUUGGAAGGUUGUGUACUCUGGUGACACGAGGCCAUGCUCAGAAGUUAUAGAAGCAUCUCUUGGAGCAACAAUUCUUAUACAUGAGGUCAGUGCAAACUUGUGCAGAUUUUUUCUAUUCAUUGGGCAGGUCACGUUAGGGAUCAGUUAUGUUCCAACUUUCUCUUGUGUCAAAAUCAAGUUGGCUAUUCAGAUAGUAGCUCAUGGCCUGGAUUUCAGUUUUACUAUCAUUUUGGCGACCUUCGAGGAUGGCCUGUUGGAGGAGGCUAUAACAAGAAAUCACAGCACAAUUAAGGAAGCUAUAGAAGUGGGACGUUCUGCUGGUGCAUACCGCAUAAUAUUGACUCACUUCAGCCAAAGAUACCCAAAAGUACCUGCACUUGAUGAAGUGAGCAUGCAAAGAACUUGUAUUGCUUUUGACCUAAUGAGUGUGAACCUAGCAGAUUUGCCACUGCUCCCUAAGGUUCUUCCCUACCUAAAAUUGCUAUUCAGAACCAGGGAGUUAACUUAAAGUAACAUAUUGAGAGUUGAGACACAGCUUCUGAGUUACAGACAUAAAAGUUAUCUUUCACAUGUUAGUAUACUGACUAGAUGUUGGUAAAAUGGAUAAAAUCUUAAAGUAUCCUUUCCAAA